AUGGGUCCAGUGGGAAAGCACCUCAGGUGCAGUGAGGCCUCAGAAGCCGACCUCAGUUGCACACAGGUGGGUGACAGGGCAUGCAGCAUCAUCUGCAGAGCCCCCGGUGGGCACUGCCUCCCAUGGUCCCUCUGCCACAGGGUUUCCCAGGAUGGGGCUUCAAAGCUAAUUUCCCCAAAUGCCAUACAAAGUGACAGUAGAUUAUUUCCCCGCAACAAAUAGCUGAAAUUAAGGAAUUUGAAAAUUUUACAAAGGCAAUAUUUGUUAACUUUAAUAAAGUCAAGAUGAAGAGAUUAAUUUUGUUUUCUCAUUAUUGUUCUGAAUGAGCACUUCUGGGAUAAAGGCAUAUUCAGCCAUCCUGAAAUAAAUACAUACAUACAUACAUACAUACAUACAUACAUACAUACAUAAGGCACCCAGGCUUCUAGGUGGAGAGCAUGCAGAGAGGCGGCUGGGCUUGGACUCCGCUGUGAGUGCCUGGCCUGCGGCUCACCCUGGGAUGUCCAGGGAGCCUGGGCACCUGCGCUGGGCUGGAGGGGACAAACCUAGGCAGCGCUCAGCCAGCAACAAGGAGCUGGUGGGUACAGCUCUAGUGAUGGAGACCAGCUCGGGGGACGCUGAGAGCAGGGGGCCCAGAACCCACCCAUGCAGGGCUACAGGGCGUGGGGUCGAUGUGGUUUGGUUCUGGGUCCCCGCCCAAAUCUCAUGUUGAAAUGUAAGCCCCGUGUUGGAGGAGAGCCUAGUGGCAGGUGAUUGGCUCAUGGGGGCAGAUUUCCCCCUUGCUGCUCUCGUGGUAGUGAGUUCUCACGAGAUCUGGUUGUGUAAAAGCGUGUAACCCUUCCCUCUUCUCUCUCUCUCCUGCUGUGGCCACGUGAGACGUACCUGGGUCCCCUUCACCUUCCGCCUUGAGAGUUUCCUGAGGUCUCCCCAGCCAUGCUUCCUGUACAGCCUGUGGAACUGAGUGGCUAAGCAGGUUCGGUUACCUGCCCCCGGCCGACCCCACAACAGGGCAGCUGCAGACGCAAGAGGAGCUGUCUAAGGCCAUCACAGCCAUGCAGCAGUUUGGUGGCCUGGAGGCCACCGGCAUCCUGGACGAGGCCACCCUGGCCCUGAUGAAAACCCCGCGCUGCUCCCUGCCAGACCUCCCUGUCCUGACCCAGGCUCGCAGGAGACGCCAGGCUCCAGCCCCCACCAAGUGGAACAAGAGGAACCUGUCGUGGAGGGUCCGGACGUUCCCACGGGACUCACCACUGGGGCACGACACGGUGCGUGCACUCAUGUACUACGCCCUCAAGGUCUGGAGCGACAUUGCGCCCCUGAACUUCCACGAGGUGGCAGGCAGUGCCGCCGACAUCCAGAUCGACUUCUCCAAGGCCGACCAUAACGAUGGCUACCCCUUCGACGGCCCCGGCGGCACCGUGGCCCACGCCUUCUUCCCCGGCGACCACCACACCGCCGGGGACACCCACUUUGACGAUGACGAGCCCUGGACCUUCCGCUCCUCGGAUGCCCACGGGAUGGACCUGUUUGCAGUGGCCGUCCACGAGUUUGGCCACGCCAUUGGGUUGAGCCAUGUGGCCGCUGCACACUCCAUCAUGCGGCCGUACUACCAGGGCCCGGUGGGUGACCCGCUGCGCUACGGGCUCCCCUACGAGGACAAGGUGCGCGUCUGGCAGCUGUACGGUGUGCGGGAGUCUGUGUCUCCCACGGCGCAGCCCGAGGAGCCUCCCCUGCUGCCGGAGCCCCCAGACAACCGGUCCAGCGCCCCGCCCAGGAAGGACGUGCCCCACAGAUGCAGCACUCACUUUGACGCGGUGGCCCAGAUCCGGGGUGAAGCUUUCUUCUUCAAAGGCAAGUACUUCUGGCGGCUGACGCGGGACCGGCACCUGGUGUCCCUGCAGCCGGCACAGAUGCACCGCUUCUGGCGGGGCCUGCCGCUGCACCUGGACAGCGUGGACGCCGUGUACGAGCGCACCAGCGACCACAAGAUCGUCUUCUUUAAAGGAGACAGGUACUGGGUGUUCAAGGACAAUAACGUAGAGGAAGGAUACCCGCGCCCCGUCUCCGACUUCAGCCUCCCGCCUGGCGGCAUCGACGCUGCCUUCUCCUGGGCCCACAAUGACAGGACUUAUUUCUUUAAGGACCAGCUGUACUGGCGCUACGAUGACCACACGAGGCGCAUGGAUCCCGGCUACCCCGCCCAGAGCCCCCUGUGGAGGGGUGUCCCCAGCACGCUGGACGACGCCAUGCGCUGGUCCGACGGUGCCUCCUACUUCUUCCGUGGCCAGGAGUACUGGAAAGUGCUGGAUGGCGAGCUGGAGGUGGCACCCGGGUACCCACAGUCCACGGCCCGGGACUGGCUGGUGUGUGGAGACUCACAGGCCGACGGAUCUGUGGCUGCGGGCGUGGACGCGGCGGAGGGGCCCCGCGCCCCUCCAGGACAACAUGACCAGAGCCGCUCGGAGGACGGUUACGAGGUCUGCUCGUGCACCUCUGGGGCAUCCUCUCCCCUGGGGGCCCCAGGCCCACUGGUGGCUGCCACCAUGCUGCUGCUGCUGCCUCCACUGUCACCAGGCGCCCUGUGGACAGCGGCCCAGGCCCUGACGCUAUGACACACAGCGCGAGCCCAUGAGAGGACAGAGGCGGUGGGACAGCCUGGCCACAGAGGGCAAGGACUGUGCCGGAGUCCCUGGGGGAAGUGCUGGCGUGGGAUGAGGACGGGCCACCCUGGCACCGGAAGGCCAGCAGAGGGCACUGCCCGCCAGGGCUGGGCAGGCUUAGGUGGCAGGGAUGGAGCUGUCCCCUAAUGAGGGACUGUGUUGACUGACGAGCCGAGGGGUGGCCACUCCAGAGGGGUGCCCAAUCAGGCCGCACCGCCGCCAGCCUCCCCCGGCCCUGGAGGGAGCAUCUCGGGCUGGGGGCCCACCCCUCUCUGUGCCAGCGCCACCAACCCCACCCCCACUGCUGCCUGGUGCUCCCGCCGGCCCACAGGGCCUCCGUCCCCAGGUCCCCAGUGGGGCAGCCCUCCCCACAGACGAGCCCCCCACAUGGUGCCGUGGCACGUCCGCCUGUGACGCGUUUCAGACCACCAUGCCGUGCCGCGGCACGUCCCCCUUGUGACGCGUUCCAGACCAACAUGACCUCUCCCUGCUUUGUAGCGGCUCGGCUGGGCUCCCUGGUGCUCCAGGGCCAUGGGAGUGGGCGCCCUCGGGCCUCAAGGGGCUUGACCCUGACCAGGGGCCCACGCACCUGCACUUGGGGUGGGGGCUUCCCAGGAGGUCUCGGCAGUCGCAUCCCCCGUUGUUCAUCAGCCCUUCCCGCGCUGUCUCUUCCAGUCCUCGUGCCCCGAGGAGUCCCCACGCCCCUGUCACAGAUGGGAGAGUUGAGGCCCAGCGGGGGAUGAGCCUCAGUGCUACAGGCAGGGGCAUCACGGGCGGGCGGGGCACCAGCUGGCCCGGCAAGAUCUGAGUGUGGGAGGUGCCCGAGGAAAGGUAUCCGUUGUUGGGUGAGCCACUUGGGACGCUGUCUGCCCAGCAGCACUAGAUCAUGAUGCCCGGCCGAGCACCGGGACCUGGGUGCGCCCGAGAGGGAGGGUAGGUGCUCCCUGCACGGGGCUGAUUCUAGCUCCAGCCACUCUGUCACUUGCUCCCUUUGCUCCCAGCCUCCAGAUCCACAGCAGGGUCCCUCACCCUUCCCCCACUCUGGCCAGCGAGUGACACGUCUGUCCUGCAGGACCCUCCUCUUCAGAGGGUGCAGCCGAUGUCACUCUGCAGGGCCCAGUCCUCCCACCGGUGCACAGUCCUCUGGUCUCUGCGGCACAGACGCACCCCGGGCCACAAGUUCAGGGCCUCAGGCUCUGGCUCUCCAGCAUCUGCCCUGGGCUGUGGAGGGCCCGGGUGCCCCCUCAAACGUGACUCAGUGAGGAUGAGGAGGUGGCCGUUGGACUGUGAGGGAUUCACUCCCACAUAGCAGGAAGUUCCUGACCACAGGCCCAGCAUAGGGAGCAGCUGGGGCCACCCAGGGUACAGAUGAGGCUUCCUGGCACCCAGGAGCCAAAGCCCACAGCCCCCUUCUCCCAUCCCAGGGAUGGUGCCCGUCCCAGGACGAGGCUGCCAGGGCCGGGCAGGCAGGCCCCAGGCCAGGCCUCAUGGAGCCGGGCCAUCUCCCCAUGGAGAGAGGCCACAUCCUCAUGGAGCCCAGCCGUGUCCUCUGUCCCCUGCCUGUUCACCAUCUGCUCCCUGGAGCAGGAGGAGUCCCUGCCUGUCAGACCAGUCUGUGGAAAGACCGACCUCCCUCCUGUCCGUCGGCGACACUGGCUCUGCCCUGCACCAAGUGGUGUUUCCUCAUCACACUUUGUUGCCCAGCAGCCUGUGGGGUGAAGCCCCCCGUGCAGCUGGCCCAGCCCCGUGGUCCCCAUGUCCUGGGUCAUGCCCCAGUGCAAAGCCGGCUGUGGGCCUUGUCUGCUGAGUCGGGCUCUCACGUUGGCAGGGCUCACUGCGGUUUUAAAGUCCAAAUGCUCCGUCAUAAGCCUCUUCUGCCAGUUCUAUCUCCGGUGAAGAGGUGAACCGUAGGCGGGGCAGGGGGGCUGCUCUGAACUUGCCCCUCCACGCUGCAGCCCACCUCCCUCUGGCAGUGGGGUGGCCGUGCUGGGUCCCGGGGCAGGGGCUGGAGCCCCGCCAGCCCAUGACGCAUUUCAUGAGCCCCCACCUUUUGAUACGCACAUGCAGCUGAGGCUACCCUGACCCCACAUGCAAAGUCGGAAAUUCCCAAAACCCAAGACCUUUUGAGCAUUGAUGGGCUCGGGGUGCACACAGAACAUUUGGGAUUUCACUUUUUUUUUUUUUUUUUUUUGAGACAGAGCCUGUCGCCCAGGCUGGAGUGCAGUGGUGAGAUCUCGGCUCACUGCAACCUCCGCCACCCAGGUUCAAGUGAUUCUCCUGCCUCAGCCUCCUGAGUAGCUGGGAUUACAGGCAGGCACCACCACGCCUGGCUAAUUUUUGUAUUUUUAGUAAAGACAGGGUUUCAGCAUGUUGGUCAGGCUGGUCUCGAACUCCUGACCUCAGGUGAUCCACCCGCCUCGGCCUCCCAAAGUGCUAGGAUUACAGGCAUGAGCCAACACACCUGGCCAAGUGGCAGUAUUUGAAAAAAGAAAAGCAGAGAAAAAUGCUCAACCUGUAAGUAUAAUCCAAAUAUAGUGUCCAAACUCCAAACAA